AAAGAGUAGUCCAUGAUAAAAGAAUCACCCUGUAUAUAUAGCUAUUUCUACCUCCUGUUUCCACAUAUAUAUGAAUUCAGAGAAUGUGCAUUGUGCAUAUAAAGGUGCGUACACACUAGCGUAACAAAAUAGUGAACUUGUAACAUGUAACAGUUUGACAAAAUGUUACAACAGAAAUUAAAGUUGUAACAUGUACCUGAAACAUGUACAUGUAACAUGUAACAUUUCAAUUUUUCCAUUAAAAACGUCAGUGUUACUUUCACAGUGUCCGAGUAUAGACACUAAUCAUGUCGCUCCAAAUAGCUGCUGCUGCGUACAUUUAUAUUCAUCUCGCUAUGAAGAAAAAAAGUAAAAGACGAAGACGAUGGUGGACAACGCAUUUAUAUACUCGGCGUGAAGAGACAGGAGGAAACACUUUAUUACAAGAUUUAAGGAUACAAGAAAUAAAUGGACAAUUUCAAAAUUUUAUGAGAAUGACAUCAACAGAUUUUGAUUUUCUUAUAAAUUUGAUUGGGCCUAAAAUUGUUAAAAGUGAAACAAUUUUAAGAGAACCGAUUUCAGUGCAGGAAAGGCUAGCAGUAACCCUGAGAUUUCUAGUAACUGGCGAAUCAUUCACAAGCUUACAAUAUUUGUUCAGAAUGUCCAAACAAGUUAUAAGCAACAUAGUUCCUGAAGUGUGUGAAGCAAUUAUUGAUGUUUUAAAAGAUAACAUCCAGGUACCUAAUACACCAGAAAAAUGGUUGGGAAUUGCAAAUGAUUUUGAAACUAAGUGGAACUUUCCGCACACAUUGGGUUCUAUGGAUGGAAAACAUGUGGUAAUCCAAGCUCCUAUCAAUACCGGGAGUGAAUAUUUUAACUACAAAUCUUCAUUCAGUAUUGUAUUAUUUGCUGUUGUCGACGCGAACUAUAAUUUCAUAUUCGUCGAUGCAGGUUGCCAAGGAAGAAUUUCGGACGGAGGUGUAUUUCAAGAUUGUCAACUUAAUAAAAAAUUAAAAUCCAAUUCACUAGGUUUACCGUUAUUAGCACCACUGCCGGGUAGACGUAAAGAAAUACCAUUUUUUUUUAUUGGUGAUGGGGCAUUUCCUUUAACGGACAACAUAAUGAAACCUUUUUCUGGCUUAUUUUCUAAAGGCACGCCAGAACGAAUAUAUAACUAUAGACUUUCUCGAGCCCGUCGAGUGGUGGAAAAUGUUUUUGGUAUUAUUUCAUCUGUUUUUAGAGUUCUCCGAAAGCCACUGUUAUUGAACCCAGAAAAAUCAGAACUAAUUAUUAUGACCAUAGCACACCUUCAUAAUUUUUUAAGAAGAAAUAAUACCUCAGCUGCUGUUUAUACACCCAAUGGAAUAUUCGACUCUGAAGUAAAUGGAAAUUUUAUUGAAGGAACAUGGCGGGAGACCAAUAAUGAAGAAAUUUCAUCCCUCAGACCAAUAAAGAGGGUACCACGUAAAUCUACAACGAAUGCGAUGCAAAUACGAGAAGAAAUAAUGCAAUACUGUAUUAAUGAAGGAAAUGUUAUUUGGCAAGAAAAAUAUGCAUAAUCUAAAUAUUUUAAAAAUAUUAUAAAUAUUUAAAAAAAUGUAAUUAUUA